AAAAAUGGUCAUGUCACACUUUUUGGUCCCGUUGUAACUUCCAACGGUCACAAAAUGAACUGUUGUAAGUUCAAGGACUGUCUGUAUUACAAAAGACUAGUAUCUUGGUUUUACAUGUAAAUUUCCUGGCUUUGUCCAAUACAAGGAAAUCUUUAUCUUGGCUACUAAAUUAAUUCUGCGGUGGUCUGGAAUACUUGGACCCAGAAUAAACUUGCUACAAUUUCAAUGUAAUGAACAAAAUUGAUAUUUUGGAGGGUUUUUUUUUUCUUCCAGUCCACAGAAACCUCACUUCCUCUUGGCCUCUGUUUCCUUCUGGGAUGACUAAAACUGCUUUCCACUGAAGUUGAACCUGGAAUUUUGACUCUAACCAGGAUAAAUACUUGAAUAAACAAGUAGAGUCUCAUUUAGUGGCUGUCGUCUUGAAGACCCCUUUGAAAGGUUCCUGAUGGACGCCGCCGAAUUCCCCGUGGAGGAUCCAGUUACGCCAGAUUUGCUGCAGCUAACCGGCAACGGUGGGAAAGCUGGAGAAACACCUGGACCAGCUUCUAAAGUGCCAAGACUUAAUGGAGCUCAAGAAGAGACAGAUCUAGCUGUCCAUGGACUUUCUCAAGAGGAAGUAGAAGAAUCCAGCUUCCAGGACGCUGCGGUGGACUCCGAGGAAAAACCGGACAACGAGAAGGAGGAGGAAGAAGGGGUUGAAGAAAGUGGCGCGUGGAUUGACGGAGGAGAAUAUUACUUUCCAGCGUACGACUUCGCGGAGGCCCCCCGACUCUUGACCGGCUCCUGGGCUGAGUACAGUCGCACCCCAGAGAACUUCUUGAAGGGCUGCAAGUGGGCCCCCGAUGGGACUUGCCUGCUGACCAACAGUGCCGACAACACCCUGCGCAUAUACAACCUUCCUCCGGAGUUGUACGCGGAGCAGUGGGGAGACGUGGCUGAAAUGAACUUCGUGGCAUCCAGCUCUCAAAGGAUCUCCACCUCCAACACACACUACUCGAACACGACAAAACAAAUAAGCAAAUGCAAGAAUUACGUACAUACCCACAUAUCUACUCCCCCCCCCCCGUGUACCCCUUGCGUGUCAGUUGUGCACCCUGUGUAUGUCUUGUGGGUUCCUUUGUGCUCCCGGCCUCCUCUUCCUCAACCUGCCUUGCUUGGGGUCCAUGCUAGCCUUCCUCAUCCCUCUUCCUUCCCUGCCUUCUCUUCCUCAUACAGCUUGGCCAGCAGCAGCCGGGACAACCCCGUCCACCUGUGGGAUGCCUUCAGCGGGGAGCUCAGGGCCUCUUUUCGCCCCUACAACCACCUGGACGAGCUGACCGCCGCCCACUCGCUCUGCUUCACUCCGGAUGGCGCCCGGCUCUUUUGUGGCUUCGACAAGACGGUGCGCGUGUUCGACACCUCGCGGCCCGGACGGUCGUGUGAAAACCGACCGACGUUCGCAAAGAAACAAGGGCAAAGCGGGAUUAUCUCCUGCAUCGCGUUCAGCCCGACGCAACCCCUCUACGCCUGUGCCUCAUAUGCAAAGACCGUCGGCCUCUACUCCCUCGUCGAGGGAGACCCCUUGGCGAUGCUUGUUGGGCACCGCGGGGGCGUCACCCACGCCGUCUUCUCCCCGGAUGGCGUUUACCUCUUUACCGGCGGUCGUAAGGACGCAGAGAUUCUCUGCUGGGACCUCCGGCAGCCGGGCGAAAUCGUCUUCUCGCUCCCCCGCACAGUGUCCACCAACCAGAGGAUGUAUUUUGACCUGGAUCCGAGUGGGCGGUAUUUGCUGAGUGGGAACACCAGUGGCCAGAUUACAGUCUGGGACACCAGCCAGCCUCCCCCCGAGGACCCCCCAGCUACGUUGCAUCCCUUGCUGCGGUUCCAGGCCGUGGGAGAUUGUGUGAACGGGAUCAGCCUCCACCCCAGCCUCCCCUUGUUGGCCACAGCCUCUGGCCAGCGCCAGUUUCCCGACCUUCUGGACAGCGGAGAGGACGAGGCGGAAGAAGGAGGGGACCAUCCAGCCACCCCUCCUCGGGCGCGGGGAGACAAUGCCCUCCGGCUGUGGUGGUGCUCCGCGCCGUCGGGAGUCGAAGGGGCCGUUUCCUAGCCCGAGAAAGCCAGACUCGAACCGUGGCCUCUUCUGUGGCACAUGCGAGGAGCCGGAUGAGAAUCGCGGCACCCCCGUGGUGGGGAUGCUCCUAGUGUGUGCAGAGCCGGGCGCGUGGCCGUGAUUCCCAGGCGUGGUGUAAAUCCUUCCACGCGGACGGGGGACCUUGAAGACCGGAGCUUGUGCUGGAGACACAACCGCAAAGGGGCGUUUCGGGGAGCAGAAAGCUCCGAGGAGAUUUCGGGAGAUGUCCCGAAUCUUUCUUCUUGGUCUCCUUUCCUUUUUGAUCCAAAUGAAGGUAUUGGGUUUCUCCACCCCACCCCACCCCAGGUUUCUUUUCCCAGAAUUCCUCGCUCCUCUGAUAUAACUGUCCUGAUCCAGGCUUCGCCCCCCAAAAUCACGAAGCCGACUCUUCACCCCGAUAAAACCCCUUUUAUUUAGGUUAAAUGGAAUUCCUCUCCAGCAAAGUCCCGGCCAA